UACUUUUUCCCUUCAAUCCCUAUCUUGUCUAGAUCUAAACCCCUCUCUCUCUCUCUCUCUUCAAUGGCGCCUAGGGCAGAGAAGAAACCAGCGGAGAAGAAACCGGCUGCCUCAGCCAGCGAAGAGAAGAAGGCCGAGAAGGGUCCGGUUGCGGAGAAGAAGCCAAAGGCCGGCAAAAAGCUUCCCAAGGACGUGGCGGCGUCGUCGGAGAAGAAGAAGUCUAAGAAGAAGAAGAGCGUGGAGACCUACAAGAUCUACAUCUUCAAGGUGCUCAAGCAGGUCCACCCAGAUAUCGGUAUUUCGAGCAAGGCCAUGGGGAUCAUGAACAGCUUCAUCAACGAUAUCUUCGAGAAAUUGGCUCAGGAGUCUUCCAGGCUAGCCAGGUACAACAAAAAGCCCACCAUCACUUCCAGGGAGAUCCAGACGGCGGUGAGAUUGGUGUUGCCCGGUGAACUGGCGAAGCACGCGGUGUCUGAGGGGACUAAGGCGGUGACUAAAUUCACUAGUUCUUGAAUUAGGGUUUCUUUAUGAAAUUGAGGAUUAGGGUUUUGGGGGGUUUUUGAUGGGUGUAAAUCUUGGUCUAUGAACUUUUUGAAAUGUCAAUGAAUGGUACUGCCGGUUUAUAAGUAAUUUUUUUUUCUUCUUGAUUUUCUAGUAGCGUUGUGGUUGAUAUUGGGUUGAUUGAAAUGUUUAUGUUUUUCUGGUUUGUAAUCUGUCUCCCCUGACAUUGAUUUUUAAUGCUAUAGUGAUAAAAAAUUUGGAACUAUUGAAA